AUUUUUGGCGGUUUGUUUUGGUUUCCACGAGAUUCUGUGAUUAGAGACACUGACAAAUCAUUUUAAUACAUCAUGGAUGCAUUUUUAAAAGGCUAUAAAAGUGGAAAUAAACCUAAGGUGGCUGUUGCUAAAAUUGAUGGUGAUGGAGUCUCUCAAAUUGCUUCUAAAAAACCAAAAAGACCAACACCCUGGGUUGAAAAAUACCGACCAAAACGUAUGGAUGAAGUUGUUUAUCAAGAUGAAGUGGUUGCAGUUUUGAAAAAAUGUUUAACUAAUCCUGAGCUGCCAAAUCUUUUGUUUUAUGGUCCUCCUGGUACUGGCAAAACGUCCACUAUUCUUGCACUAUCAAGGGAGAUUUUUGGGGACAUGUUCAAAAGUCGUAUCCUGGAACUGAAUGCAUCUGAUGAACGAGGUAUUCAAGUUAUUAGAGAAAAAGUGAAAUCUUUUUCACAACAAACUGCAAGCUCUGUUCGUCCAGAUGGAAAACCAUGUCCACCAUUUAAAAUAGUUAUUCUUGAUGAAGCAGACUCAAUGACAAAUGCUGCUCAGACGGCAUUGAGACGUACAAUGGAGAAAGCUAGUAAAUCCACAAGGUUUUGUUUAAUUUGCAACUAUGUUAGCAGAAUAAUAGAUCCUUUAACGUCCAGAUGUUCCAAGUUCCGUUUCAAACCAUUAUCUAAAGAUACAUUAACAGAUAGGUUGAAAUAUGUAGCAAGUGAAGAAAAUGUUACAUUUGAAGAUGGGGUUCUAGAAGCAAUCAUUGAAUUUUCUGAAGGCGAUCUUCGAAAGGCCAUUACCCUUCUUCAAAGUGCUUAUCGUUUGAAAGGAGAUGAGGGAAUCACUGUCUCUGACAUUGCUGACAUAAGUGGAGCUGUUCCAUCUAAAUGGAUUAAAGGGUUAAUUACUGUAUGUGAAACUGACAGCUAUGAAAAAUUGGAAAAGUUUGUCUGCGAUAUCACAUAUGAAGGCUAUACUACAGGGCAAGUUAUUAAUCAACUCCAUGAUGAAAUUGUGUUUAAUGAUAAACUGAAUGACAAACAGAAAUCUGCAAUUGCUGAAAAAAUUGCAGUAUGUGAUAAAUGUCUUCUUGAUGGUGCUGAUGAAUACUUACAAUUGAUGAAUUUAUGUUGCACAAUUAUGCAACAAAUGUGUCAUUCCAUUGAUUGAUGACUUUUUA